AUGGAGAAGGAUGAGCAAGAAAAGGAGAGAGAGUUCAACCAAAUAGCCAACCAAUUGAUAGAAGGCUUGUUCCGUUCGGGCCGUGGAAGUGAAAUGGCUUCUAUAAAGGUUGAUGACGCCAAAUCGGUUGCCCUGGCAGCUUUAUACCCAAAAACCUUUUACAGAGGCCUUGAGUUGUUAGAGACGCGUUCGAUGUACGAGAUUCAGUACCAAAAUGCCACAUUCUUUGUUGUGAAGGAUUCUCCAAAGGCAGGCAACAGUGGGGAGUGCUAUUAUAGGAUUGAAAAGGACGGCUGUUUUUGUUCUUGUCCUACUUUUAUUGAACUUUUGGAACAAUCGAGUUCCAAAUUAUGUGAACAUGUUCUAGCCUGGAAACUUUACGACGGGAACAAAGAUUUUUUGGCCAAUUAUUCGGAGAACCUGAUUCAUGUAGAAAACCUAGAGGAAAUGGAGGAUUAUCUGAAAUGGUGUAAGCUAUGUUUUCUCUGA